GCUGGCCCAUGCUGGUCCCCGCCUUUGUUCUCGGGCCGGAGCGGAGACAUGCGCGGCUGACGAUGGAAGUAGAGGACUCGGGCGGCGUGGUGCUGACCGCCUACCACUCGUACGCGCGCCCCCAGCCGCCCAGCUCCGAGCCGCGCUGCGCGCCCCGGGCCGCCGCCAGCCACCCAGGCAGCAGAAAAUCCAUUUCUCGCUGCCGAAGAAUUAGCAGGAUGCUCUCCAAUGAAUCCUUACAAUCCCCGGCAUUCAGCCGCUCCAACUCUCAAGCCUCCAUAGACAGCGCCUCCAUGGAGGAUUUCUGGCGGGAAAUAGAAAGUAUCAAAGAGAACAGCCUGGGAGUUCAGGAAGAGCAGACGCCAGCUGAGGCCAAGCCCCUGGAUGAAGGAGAACUUGAAGCAGAGUGGUUGCAAGAUGUAGGUUUAUCAACCCUGAUCUCGGGUGAUGAAGAGGAGGGUGGCAAAGCCUUGCUCUCGACUUUGACUCGAACCCAAGCAGCUGCAGUGAAGAAGAGAUAUAAUACUUACACUCAAACCAUGAGAAAAAAGAACAAGCAAUCCAUCAGGGAUGUCAGAGACAUCUUUGGAGUCAGCGAAUCUCCUCCAGAUGAUUUUUGUUGUAUCCCAGCUCCUCUUUUGGAUGUGAACCCAGAUGAAGAAGGGAUGCCAGCAGUUCCCUGCAGAAAUGGUCAACUGCCAGGCGAUACCUGUGACAACCAUCCUAGUCAGUUGGACGACACCCAGGAGGAAAAAGAGCUGCCGGGAGUUAUCAAAACAAGUGGUUCCUUGCCAGAUGAUGCAUCUUUCAACAUUACUACCCUGUCAGAUGGGUCCCAAGAUGAAGAAGGGAGUUUUGCAGUUCCCAGGAGUGGCUCCAUGUCUAUCCUGGAGACUAUUCCAGAUGUGCCAGCUCAUUCCAAUGGCUCAGCAGACCCUGGACAGUCGGUGCAGAACGCAGUGAGUGAUGAUGAAUAUCUGGAAAAGGACAUUCCACUACAAGCUGAAGAGCUGUCCUUUGAAGAAUCUUAUUCAGAAAUGGUUACAGAGGCUCCAAAAAGAAAUAAAUUGAAGAAGUCAGAUUUUAAGAAAGAAGACUAUGUUUUACCUAAAUUUAUUGUUCAGAAAACCAGAUUUGGCCUAACUGAAGCAGGAGAUCUGUCUGCUGACGACAUGAAGAAAAUCCGCCAUCUCUCUCUGAUUGAAUUGACGGCCUUUUUUGAUGCCUUUCGUAUUCAACUAAAAAGAAACAAAACGGAGAAAGUAAAAGGACGAGACAGUGGGAUUUUUGGAGUUCCUCUUACAGUCCUGCUGGAAAAUGACCGAAGGAAAGAUGCUGGAGUGAAAGUUCCCCUUGUGUUACAAAAAUUCUUUCAGAAAGUUGAAGAAUCGGGUCUGGAAUCUGAAGGGAUUUUUCGACUUUCAGGAUGUACUGCCAAAGUCAAGCAAUACCGUGAAGAACUGGAUGCCAAGUUUAAUGCUGAUAAGUUUAAAUGGGAGAAAAUGUGCCACAGAGAAGCUGCAGUAAUGUUGAAAGCAUUUUUCAGAGAACUACCCACCUCUCUCUUCCCUGUGGAAUAUAUACCUGCUUUCAUCACUCUAAUGGAAAGAGGGCCUCACAUCAAAGUACAGUUUCAAGCCUUACACCUCAUGAUCAUGGCACUGCCUGAGGCCAACAGGGACACAGCCCAGGCCCUCAUGACAUUCUUCAAUAAAGUCAUUGCCAACGAAUCAAAAAACCGGAUGAGUAUAUGGAACAUUUCUACUAUAAUGGCACCAAAUCUUUUCUUCAGUAGAAGCAAACAUUCUGACUGUGAAGAAUUACUCUUAGCAAACACCGCUGCCCACAUCAUCCGCUUGAUGCUAAAGUACCAGGAGAUGUUGUGGAAGGUUCCAUCUUUCUUAAUCGCUCAAGUCAGAAGAAUGAAUGAAGCCACGAUGUUGUUAAAGAAACAGCUUCCAAGUGUCAAAAAGCUGCUAAGGAGGAAGACCAUAGAACGAGGGGUUAUAAGCCCCAAGACUUCAAAGGUACUACAAAAAUCACCCUCUACAAGAAGAAUGUCUGACGUGCCGGAGGGAGUCAUAAGGAUCCACGCGCCCCUUCUCUCCAAGGUGUCCAUGGCCAUUCAACUCAACAGUCAAACCAAAGCCAAAGACAUCUUGGCGAAAUUUCAAUAUGAGAACAGUCAUGGUUCAUCGGAAGGCAUUAAGAUCCAGAACCAAAGAUUAUAUGAAAUUGGAGGUAAUAUAGGACAGCACUGCUUGGAUCCAGAGGCUUAUAUAUUGGAUGUAUAUCAUGUAAAUCCCCAGGCAGAAUGGGUGAUUAAACCCCAAUCAAGUGUUUGAAAUACCCCCCAAGAUGGCAGCUAUCGUGCAUUACCUGCCAAGAAGUCCUACAUUUGGUAGGGAAAAAACAAGACUGCUUUUGACAUGUUUGUUCCUAGAACCCUCUUGGUGUUUCUCAGCCCAACUGGUGUCUCCCACUGGUGUCAACACGAAUUGUGGAAGAGGAACUGGUUGACCAUUUGAGCUGAAGCUUUCUCAUGAUGGUUCUUUGAUAAGAGUGAAGUAAAGAGGAUGUGAUCCUUCCAGAAGAAAGGCCAAUAUAGAAUAUGGAACUCUAAUCAUUUCUAAUACUUUGACUUCACAGCAGAAAUGAAUUUGGUCCUCUACCUGGGGAUAAGAAGCACUUCUUGAUGUAGCAAAUGCUACCAAACACAAGAGGUGGAAAAGACUUUUUUUUAUAUACUUAUGUUAUAUAUAUAUAGACAUUUUUGAACAAGGAUGCCAGAAAUAACAAAAAUUUCUGCUCUGAAAAAUAAUUUAGAUCUACUUACCAAAGAGAAUCAGUUUCCAGAGUCACACAAACAAUGUUUAUGCUCUGACUUGCUUCUGAAUUGGAGGAGGAGAACCUUCUAUUUAAAAACCACUGUGUUGUUAUGUAUGCUGUACUGUAUUGUGGCUGUCUGCAUUCUGGUGCAAAUGAACGUUUCCCUAUCUUGGGCUGUUGAAAACUGACAUUCUUAAAGCUUGUUCUCUUAUGAGCACAGGUCCCCAUAGUUAAGGUUAGGUUGAAAAGGGCUGUUCCUGUGCGUCCAUAACCUUUGGUGUAGUCAACGGUCACAGGGCCCCUAUUUCCUCAUCAUGAAUAUGGUGCUCAGUGAAUAGCUUUCCAUGUGCCAGGCACAGAUUUCCUUUCCUCAUCAAACAUAUCAUUUUUUAUAUUUCACAGCUGUAGAGAAUCACUUCUGCAGCCCCAGUUUUAAACUGCAGAACUGCCUUUGUCCAACUGCUCUUUCUUCAAGAGUGCUGAAAAAUACUGUUAUAUCCAGAUUUUGUAUGCUGUAAAAACAGGUUUUGUUUCUGUUCAUCAAUCAUAGACUUGGCCAAGCACUGUGGAUUAGCAUCAGGCUUUAAAAUCAGAUGAAUGUUUGGUGAGCUGAAAACUGCCUCGCUAUCAAGAUCCCACGGAGCCAUUUUCCAGACCUGCAGUUGGUGAGAAAGCACAAUUCAUGAUUCUAAUUGAGAGCAAAUCUGAAAUUUGCUGGGGGGUUGGACAGCCCUGCCUUUCAUUUGGAGACUGCAGUAUAGUCAUUCUAGAGUUGGUUAGAAAUGGGGACAGAGGUCUCAUUUAUCCCAUGUAUGUGCUUUGGAUUAGAAUCUACUAAUUAGAUUGAGAUUUUGAUGAAUUUACACCAGUUUUAAUGAGAUUUAACGCCCAAAUGACUCUCUCUUGCAAAUCAAACAAUAGACAAAGUUGCUCACCAAUGCAGAAUACAUUUAAUCUACUUACCAAGUCUCAAAACAAAAUGUGAUAAUAAUUUAAGCCUAUAGUAUAGAAGAAAUCUUUUACAUGCUCAUUAUGCCUUGAUAUCUAUAAAAACAUAAUUUAUAUUCAACAUGUAGAUAAUUGCAUUUCUGGCCAUUAGAAUUUUGUUAUAUUUUUAUAGAAAACUCAAAUAUCCAUUCAUUUUAUUUGCUUAUUUGAGAAUUUUUUAUUUCCUUUGCCUGAAAACCCAUUAGAAGAUAAACAUGUGUUCUGUUGGUUCAUAUUUAUUCCUACAUUUCAUCAGUUUUCAAUGUAUGGCUAAUUGACGGCAUGUGAGUUUACAUAAUGAACUUUGAGGGUCUGAGAAAAUGCCGUUAUCAUUUUUGCAAUUCAAACAACAGGAGUAAACAUUUUACUUCAUGUAGUUGCUAAGGUCCAAGACAUAAGAUGGCUGUAAUUUAUGCCCACAUACAUGGAAGAAAUUCUUCAAAUUAGCUGCCUUACACUUCUGUGUAUAUAUUAAAACAAUGACUGAUUUUUCUCACUGAAUUUCCUAUCAUUUAGAAUAUAUUCUGUUGUGUUUAGAAAAUUCACAGAUCUAUCCAUUUAAUUUUUUAUUUGGGAAUUUUUUUUAUAUCUUUUGACUGAAAACACAUUAGGACAGAUGCAUAAGUUCUAAAGGUUUUAAGAUUUACUUCAUUAGUCAUUAGUUUUAAAUAAAUGGCUAACAGAUGACAGAUUAAAAAAAACUAAGUUUCUGAAUUUCUUAUGCACUUUUAUGUGGUUUUAGAUGUCAAAGGCUUAGCCCAGUCAAUAAUUUUAAUCACUUCAGUGCAUCCAAGGUUGUGUGACAACUUUCAAAUAACUAUAUGAUAUGGAAGCCCACGUCAAUACCAAUAUCAUUGGAUAUAACCUGAAUUUUUAGUCAUCAAGUUAACAAACUGAUUAGAGAAGAAUUUCCAGUAGACACACAAACUAAUUUUUGUGUGGUUAAAGAAGUUCUUUUUACUAAUUUUUACUUUUCUUUUUUUUACUAAUCUUAUUCUUAAUGAAUAAUUUUAUUCUUAAUGAAUAAACAAACCCCUACAAUUAAAACUCAAAAUUGCUGGUCACCUAAGUGUUGAAAAAACUGUCUUUGCCUUAUGAAGAGUUGUUUUUUAAAAUAGUUACAGUAAUCUGUAACAGUGAAUAGUGUAAAAGCAAACAUGAAUAGUAUAUCUGCAAACAAAAGAAGAGUCAGAUACUGGGCUUCUAAAUUCUUUUCUUGAUAGCUUCCCACCUCAUCUCUUCCCAAGCGCUCUUGGUGUACAAUUAGGAAAAUUAUAUCUACGAAAACAUUAGAGAAAGUUAACGUUUUAGGAACAAUUAUUCAGAAAAAAAACCCCUAGAACAGGCUCAUUCUUUCCUCCAUUCUACGAAAGAAGAUCCCUUUGCUAAACAGCUCACUUGGGGAUAUGAUUCUUGGAGUCAUUGAACAAUGAGUUUAGUGAGUUCAAGGAGUGACCUUUGAACAAACUGGAAUAUUAAUCUCUUUACAAUGUAUAUACAAUAUAAACUACCUCACUUGUCUUUCUUGGGAGAAAAAAAUAACAGACGUUAACAAUUUUUGUUACAAACUGUUCCUGAAUCUUAUUAUUUAAGUCACUUCAGUUAGCUUUCAGUGUACAUUUAAUAAUAUACAUUUAAUGAUGUAAAAUAUUGUUAGCAAAAGCUUUAAAACCAAAUACUCUGUAACUAUGAUGUGUGGUGUAGACGCUGAGAGAAUCCGUGUCCCUUAGUCAUUGUCUUGUGUGUUUAACUGUGCUGAAUCACAGGUUUUCAAAUGUAGGAAUUCACUUCAUCUUCUUUCAUGCAUUUUCAACCGCUUUCCCCACAUUGCACUUGACUAAAAGUAGCGUGAGAUUAAACUUCUUUCUAUCAAGCAUAUUUCAACUGUUUUUCAUAAAUGUAUCACAUGUCUGAAAGGAAUAUAUAUUACGGGAUUGAAUAGUUUGUUUUCUGACAGGCACUUUCAACGGUUUUUUUUUUUCCAUAAAUAUGUCACUUAAUAAAAAAUAAUAUGACAUGGAUUAAAAUGUUUCUUUCAAACAUUUUCAACAGUUGUACACACACACACACACACACACACACACACACACCCCUUAAUUUAAAAAUAACAUCUUUUCUUUUAGGCAUUUUCCAACUUUUCUAAAACUAUGUGCUUUGAUUGAAAAAUCAUGUUGUCACUAGGUUGCCAAUUUUUUAUGUUGUCUCCCAUCUCAAAAGUUAAUGUUCUUUCAUCCCAU